AGAUGAGAGAUACCAUGAUGUUUUUGAAUGCAGUCAUAUUGUUUUCCUUAAUUGGUACUGUCCUGUCGUUGGGCCGUACUCAAUCAACAGCGGUUGAAGGGAUUUUAAUGUGUGGAGAGGAGCCGGCGAGAGAAGUGUUGGUUAAACUUUACGAGCACGAUACUUUUACUCCUGAUGAGCUGAUGGACUCUACCGAGAGCGACAAACAUGGAAAAUUUAUAGUUAGUGGAUCUGCGGAAGAGAUAGGUUCGAUAGAACCGAAGAUCAACAUAUACCACGACUGCAAUGAUGGCAUCAAACCAUGCCAACGCAAGCUAACUGUCUUUGUUCCCUCCGCUUAUAUCACAUCAGCGAAGCGACCAGCAAAAACGUUCAAUAUGGGCAUACUGCAAUUAGAGGGAGUAUUCGAUGGCGAAACGAGGGAUUGCUUACAUGCCUAGGAAAUAUGCUUGAUAUCAAAUUUAUGUAAAGUAAUCAAAUUGAAUAAACAUGCUGUAC